AUGGUCCAGAAGCUCGAGUACUCGGUUGAGGAGCCGCUGAAUCGCGAGCCGGAGCUUGAGAAGCUGGUUGAAAGUCACGAUACUGAUACAGUCUACAGCUUCAUCACCAAAGACGGCUACGACCGCAAUCACGGACCCAUUCCCCACAUCAAUGCGAGCACACACAAAGUCUCCGUUACCGGACUCGUCAACAAUGAACUCUCGCUUUCCAUCGCAGAUCUCGAAGCACUUCCUCAGCAUACCGUAAUAUGCGCACUACAAUGCGCCGGAAACCGUCGUCAUACCAUGCGUACAAAGUUGAAGGAGGUGUCUGGAAUUGACUGGUUCGAUGGCGCAGUCAUGAACUGCAAAUGGACUGGACCUCUCCUCAAAGAUGUUCUGGAGAAGGCAGGUGUCAAGGUCGAUGAAAACAAGCUCAGCGAAGCGCAUGUGGCGUUCUCGUGCUACCAGACGCCUACUCAAGAAGACGAGUUCUACGGUGCCAGUAUCCCGCUAUCACGAGCCAUGGAUCGGGAGAGUUCGAUUUUACUCGCCCUUCGAAUGAACGACAAGCCUCUUCCACUAAACCACGGUGCUCCCGUCCGCGUCGUCACUCCUGGUAUCGCUGGAGCGAGAAGCGUCAAGUGGCUUGACUCCAUCUCCGUCCAACUGACCGAGAGUCAAAGUCACUAUCAACAGCACGACUACAAAGUCCUACCUCCAGAGAUUGAUUCGAAAGAAAAGGCGGAGGGGUAUUGGGGCAAGGUCGAUGCUCUACAAGACAUGCCGGUCAACAGCGUCAUUGGAAUUCCCAAAUCGGGUAGUACUGUGCAGCGAGACGCAGAUGGGACGAUUGAAGUCAAGGGUUAUGCACUGCCUAGUGGUGCAGAUGGGCCCAUCGUCAAAGUCGAAGUCAGCACCGAUGGAGGAGCAACAUGGACAGAAGCAGAGUUGAUCAAAGCCUACGAGGGCGAGGAUGCUCAGGAUGUUGAACUCAAGUGGGCGUGGGCAUUGUGGAAGGCAAGGGUCAAGGUCGAGAAGGGCAAGGAUGUUGCGAUAUACAGUCGGGCGACAGACAAGAGCGGCAAUGUGCAGGAGAAGUGUCCGAAGUGGAACUUUCGCGGCGUGGCGUAUAAUGGGUAUGGAGAGGCUUCUGGGUUGGAAAUUGUCUGA